CUUGCUGCCUAACGUAUUUUGACAAAGAUUCACAAACAAACAAAAAUACCCGGAUAAUACUGGUACCUAGCGAACAGUUGCCAGUGAAUUUGACAGGUGAAGGGUGGAGCGGCGGUGGACAACUACGAUAUAUUAGUUUUAUUGGCGGAACUGCAUAAUGUAGGGCAGACUGACAACAAGAAGCAGCGGUUGCGUUGAUGACAAUGACAGCUUGAGAGACCGCGUGGUUUUAUUGGCCGACGUUAUCUAACAGCAUGUGUCAUGCAUGUGGUUGGGGCUGUAGGCUGCACUGUGUAGAGCAGAACCCGGCCUGGUGCUACUACUGCUGCCGCCGCCGCUGCUUCUGACCCGACCCGGUCCGGCCCAAGCCCAAUGUUCCCUAUGCUAACCCUUCUGAGCAUGUUUUACUAUAUCUGUCUGCGGCGCCGGUCCAGGAGCGGGACCCGAGGCGAGGUUCUGAACAGCCGGAGGGCCAUGGAGUCCAGCCAGAGGUCCCUCCCUCUGAGUGUAGAGGUGGAGCAGUACGCUAAGGAGGUGCUGGACUUCAGCUCGCACUACGGCAGCGAGAACAGCAUGUCCUACACCAUGUGGAACCUGGCUGGCAUGCCCAACGUCUUCCCCAGCUCCGGAGACUUCACGCAGACCGCCGUAUUCCGCAUGUACGGAACGUGGUGGGAGCAGUGCGCCAGUGCACCCCUCCCCUUCCGCCGGACCGCCCUCUCCUUCCACAGCCAGGACUACAUCGAGCUGGCCUUCGAGGAGCCCGUGUACCCCACCGCCAUCGAGGUACUGGAGACCUACCACCCCGGAGCCAUCGUCCAGAUCUUGGCCUGCUCACUUAACCCCUUCUCCCAGAACCCACCCGCUGACGUCAGGUGGGAGGUCCUGUGGGCGGGGGAGCCCUCCAAGGCUCUGACCCCCCAGGCGCGGCAGUUCUCCCCCAGCAUCAAGCAGAUCAACUUCGCCACCAACCUGAUCCGGCUGGAGGUGAACAGCUCCCUGCUGGAGUACUACACCGAGCUGGACGCGGUCAUCCUGCGGGGCGUGAGGCAGAGGCCCGUGCUCUCGCUCUAUAAGAUGCCCCUGAUCGACAUCAGCGACUUGAGCGACAGCGAGGAGGAGAGGGAAGCGGCCGAGGCCAUGAGUGGCAAGAGCAGCACUGGAAACGGCUACUUCGACAAACUGCCCUAUGAGCUGAUCCAGCUAAUCGUGAGUCACCUGACCCUGCCAGACCUGUGCCGAUUGGCUCAGAGCUGCAAGCUGCUCCAGCAGCACUGCUGUGAUCCACUGCAGUACAUCCAGUUGAGCCUGCAGCCGUACUGGGCCCGUCUGACUGAUACCUCACUGGGAUACCUCCAAAACCGCUGCACCCUGAUCCAGAGGCUCAAUCUCUCAUGGACCGGCAACCGUGGGGCUGUCACCGCAGCCGGAUUCUGCAGCUUUGUGAAGGCCUGUGGCAUGGGCCUGGUGUGUUUGGAGCUGGCCUGCUGUCACUUCCUCACUGAGGGCUGCAUGGAGGUGAUCGCUCAGACCUGCCCCGCCCUGCAGGAGCUCAGCCUGUCCUCCUGUGACCGGCUUCACCCCCAGGCCUUCGCACACAUCGCCCAGAUGACCUCCCUACGUCGCCUCAUCCUCUACCGCACCAAGGUUGAGCAAACAGCCCUGCUCAGCAUUCUGACCUUCUGUACGCAACUGCAGCAUCUAAACCUGGGGAGCUGUGUGAUGAUCGAGGACUACGACGUGGUGGCGAGCAUGCUGGGCGUCCGCUGCCGCUCGCUGCGCUCCCUGGACCUGUGGCGCUGCAAGAACCUGACGGAGCGGGGCCUGACGGAGCUGGUGAGCGGCUGCGGUCUGCUGGAGGAGCUGGACCUGGGCUGGUGCUCCACCCUGCAGAGCAGCUCCGGCUGCUUCGCGCAGCUGGCCCGCCGCCUGCCCCGGCUGCGCAAGCUCUUCCUCACCGCCAACCGUACCGUCUGCGACUCGGACAUCGAGGAGCUGGCCGCCCGCUGCCCCGCCCUGCAGCACCUCGACAUCCUGGGUACGCGGAUGGUGAGCGCGGCAUCCUUGCGGAAGCUCCUGCGCUCCUGCCCCCGGCUCCUCCUGCUGGACGUGUCCUUCUGCUCUCAGAUCGAUGCUCGGACGGUCCAGGAGCUCAGCGCCCUGUUCCCCGCCGUUGCCAUCAAGAAGAGCUUCACUCAGUAAGCGCAGCACUGCAGAGACACCGGGAGGGGGCGCUCCAAAGCCUGAGUCAGGCUCCCCGCGACGACCGACAAAGACCAGGCUCAGCAGACAGAUCCCCUUUGGCUAAGGCUGGGGUUAGGGUUCAGCCAUUAACGGAUGAAGACAAAGAGGAGGGAAGGCUGGGAGGUCUCGACUGACCGUUUCAUUUACUGCAAACACGGCUCGACUGCCACAGUUUGCCUCUUUACCAUACUUUAUAGAUUGACUUCUGUGUGGAUCUGAAUCUCAGGGUUGUUUUUACUUUCCUUUGUUUUUUCUUACCUGGAGCAGAUGGACUCAUGUGCUCUGUCUUUCAGAGAGAAGGAUCUGUCAGAGUCUCUCCAUAACACUCUUCUUUUCCACCUUUUUUUAAAAAUGUGAUGAAGACCUUGGAAUUCAGAUCAUGGUCAAAUUAUGAUCAUUUCAGUUCACUGUUUAAGCACUGAUGUUAAAUGUGGGAAAAAAUAUAUAAUUUACCUAUUGGGUGUGAAUGAUAUGAUGCAUAUUGUUAUAAUUUUUAUUAUUUAUUAAUCUCGUAAUGGCUUCUUGAACAUGUGCCGGUAUGUACAGAAUCGGAGGUGCAAAUCCAACUGUGACCUGCUGUUAUGACGUGUACUGUGCCUUAUAUUGAUUGAUAUCUGACUGAAUGUGGUGUAGUUUUGCCGUCUGCUUGUAGUCAUGAUUACACUGCAACAAGUUUGCCCUGCACUCUACCAAAGCAAUAGGCAGGUCACACUUAGAAUGCCUCAUUUGCAAAGAACUAUACUGUGACAUCAUAGAAAUCAAUGUCACAGACUGCCUAUGCAGGAGAUAUUGUUGUUAGAAAUGAGCUCUUCAGCUAUUUAUAAAGAAUGGAACAAACCCCGAAGUUCUACCUGUGGCCAAUGGACCCUCUUUAUGAGCAGUUUUAGUGUGCCGUGUUCCAAAGGUAAACUGCAGUGCGUUGGAGUGACGGGAGAUGAUUUCCUCAGGUAUAUAUAUAUUAAUAUAAAUGUGCUACAGCCACAUAGACUUUAUACAUACAUGCACACACAAGAGAACACUAACACAGAGACAAAUGCAGGAACACGCUAACACACACACAGAUGCAGAGGAUCAGAAAACACGCACACACACCUCCCUUAGCGGAGGGGUGAAAAGCUCCAAACGAGGAGACGUUUUUUUUUGUUUUUAUUAUUGGAUUUAAGUGCUUUGAUUUUAAGUAAGCAAAAAAGUAUUCUCUUUGUAUUUGCUAUCGCAAUGAUUGUCAUUUCCUGUGUUUUUUUGUUUGUGUGAGAAUCUUUUGUGCCAUGUGUAGGUCAGAAAGUGAUGUAAUUCAAUUCGAAUUUUGUUAAAAGGUCACAAGUGAGAACGAGCUCCAGUCACUAUAGAACGAUAACCAUUCAGCAGCAUCUGAAGACCGGGGAGAAAGAAGGUUGUUGGUUUUAAUAAAGCGCUGGCGGGCAUUGUCUCAGUGUCGCA